CAAAUUUUCAACUGCUGAUUCAAUCCUUUCAUCUUGUCCUCUUAUCUUUCAAUAAACUUUGAGGCGUUGGGAAUAUGACGACACGAUAAAAAUCCUGGAUACGCGCCCCAACAGCUCCCACAUAUUUGUGGCGUCAGCCUUCAAACACACAACCCAACUCUUACAAAUGUAUAUAAGCUAGGAAAUUAUAUCAACCUCAUGCAUAUUAUAGGAAUAAUAUGUCAUUAGCUUCUCAUUAGUUGUAAUCUCUUGAAGAAAUAUCUACAUUACUUCAUAAACUUUGAAGCGAGAUUCUAAUGAGUAAUAGUUAUUACGUUUUCACGCAUCUCAGAAAUAAUUCAAUGCAGAGAGUAAAUUGAUUAUUUCAAUUGUUAUAGCUACGGACACGGGAUAAGAUGUUUGUGGAGAUCGGAUUAUUCCUUUUAUUGGUGUUGGUGUACGCGGUGCUGCGGGACAGGCGCCCCCGCAACUGCCCCCCUGGUCCGGCGGAGAUCCCAUUUUUUGGACGACUGCCAUUUUUCGAUGAAGAAACGGGCGAAAAUCUACGAAAAAACUACGGUAAUAUUGUCAUGUAUCGCACUGGGACUAUACGCUCGGUGUUCCUGUUCGACUACGACACCGCCAAGGAGGCCAUGGCACGACUGGAGUUCGCCGACCGCCCAGAUUUCUUCACCACUUUCAGCUUGGACGAUCAAAAACUUGGAGGUGUUAUUAGCAGCAACGGUGUGCACUGGCAGCACGACCGCCGUUUUGUGCUACGCAACCUGCGCAACCUUGGAAUGGGUAAGAAUCACCUAGAGGAAGCAAUUAAUAUCGAAGGCAAAGCGCUGGUGGAAGACCUCAAGAAGUACGGCGGUGAAGCCAUCAACUACCCCGACAGCUUCAGGACUGUGGCGCUCAACAUCAUCUGGCAGAUGGUAGCUAGUACUCGGUACGAUCUUCGCUCCAAAGAAGUUGAAACAAUUUAUCGCAUGACCAAUGAAUUUCGUGAAAAUUUUACCCCGUUGAUGUUAUUACCCUCGUUCAUUCCGGCAUUAGAUCAUCUGCCUAAAUCCAUCAAGAAUUAUUUGUUUAAAGAUGAUAUUUUUGAUCGCUUUGUGGAAGAAAUGAAGAAUGUCGUGAACGAAGCCGUGGACAAGCACCUGGAGGACUAUGACCCCGACAACCCCCGGGACCUCAUAGACGAGUACAUCAAAGACAUGAAGGAGAACGAAGGCGACGACAACUCUCUUUUCAGGAGGGGAGCUUUGAACCAAAUCGUCAACGACCUCUUCGGCGCGGGCUCGGACACUGUGUACAACAUGUUGAAGUGGGUGACCUACCUGCUCGCCCGGUAUCCAGAGUACGCAACGAGGAUGCAGCAGCAAAUAGACGCCGUUGUGCCCAGGGACCGCAUGGUGUCGCUCGAUUACAAACCGAGCUUGCCAUUGGUAGAAGCAUUCACCGUUGAAGCUUUGCGAUACUCGUCCUUGGCGGUGUACAACGCUCAGAGGUCAGCUCAUCGAGAUACAACCAUCAACGGCUACUUCAUCCCCAAGGGCACUAUGAUUCAGGUAGGCAACUAUUCUAUCCACCACGACCCGCGGUACUGGGACGACCCCCACAAGUUCUACCCUGAACGAUUCCUGGACGACAGCGCCACCAAGUACACUGCUCCAAACAUCGGCUUCUUCGCCUUCGGUUCAGGUCGACGUCCGUGCGCUGGGGAGCUGCUGGCCCGCAUGGAGCUGUUCCUCUUCACUGCCGCCAUCAUCCAGCACUUCGACGUCAUUCCUCCAAAGGGCGUGGUCCUCAGCCAAAAAGACAUAGUGAAUUUGGGAGGUCUUCGCACGCCGGCAGACAACAAGCUAAUCUACAGACCAAGAAACUAACAUUUCACAAACCUCUGCCAAACCCCACAUGGUUAGGUACAGACAUCGCGAUAAUUGAAUCGGCCGAGAAAAAAAUUAGCAUUUAAGAAAAAAUUGACAACUCUAUCGUCUCUGUAUAAAGUUAUACAUUGUGUAAAACUGUGGUCGCAAAUUUAAUAUAGCGCGAAUUUUUCCAGCUCCAAUGAAUAAAUCUAGAAAAUCGUAUUGUAGAAUAUUUCUUUCAAUACCACUCAAUUACGCGCCAUGCAGAGGCUCGUACUAUAUUAGUGGGCACUCGAUACUGAGUGAAUGAAACGUUCCAAUUCAGAAGCUUAUUGGCAUCUAAAUAAAGCAUAAUCGACGUAACGUUCAAAGUGAAAAAUGUGGUAAGAGCCGCUUUAGUGUUGCUGUACGUGGAGACCUUGUUUGAUUAUGUUAUUUUGAACAGGUUUCGAUUACGUAUUAAUUUUAUUAAACAUGUUUUGAUUAUUAAUUAGAUUUAACAGAUUUUCUGCAGGUUUUUGCAGACAAUGUGCGCGUUUUCAAUGCGACGUUAUGUGUGAGAUAGUUUUAUAAAAAAUUGGAACCGUGUUGGGUACGGUCGGUAACUCUCGGUCGACAGAGCAACUAUUGUUGCUCUGUCGGUAAUUAUGUUAUCAUGUUUGAUUACACAAAGAAUAGUUUUUAUGUGGUGGAAUAUAGGUGUUCUAGCAAGAAACGUUCGUAAAUUCUUCAUGCGCUGUCUAUUAAAUUGUGUCUUGACCUCA